AUGUGUAUAAAGUUUGAGAGUGAAGAGAUUUUGAUUACUGGAGAUUAUUGCAGCAAGAGUGAUUCGAAAGAGGAAGAUCGAGGAAAAGGUACGGUCGUUUGCAUUGCGUGAAGACGAAGCGAUUCAGAAAGCGACAAAUUGUCAACAACGAGAAGCAAAACGCAGUUACCGUGGUUUCGUAACCGUUGUGAUAAGCUUCAUUAUCAUUGUUCUUCUUUUAGUGUUGUUUGGAAGAGUAGGUGUUUUUAUACUUGUUUUUGUACUGUAUGUUAUUGCUCUUCACAAAGUUUAUGUUGCGAUGUUGUGGAGAUUGUGCAUUUUCAGCAAGUUUGUAAGGGGCGGAGUGUACAGAUGUUAGUCAAGUUGCUGGAGAACGUGUGGAGGAAGCUGUACAUAAGAAAAGUGUUGUUGUAGAGGAAAUAAAGGAAGUGGAACUGAGAUCUGUUCGUGCGCAAAUUAUUUAUCAGUUGUGAAAGAAAUUAUAAUCGAAACGUGGAAUUUGACGAAAAGUAAUAGCAUACAGGUUCUUCAUAACAGAAUUUGAAACAGGAUAUUAGAGGAGAUGACCCCUCCUACUAGCAGACAUAAGACAUCUGUUACUCAAAGGAGAAAAGUAAGGGUAUUUGUGCGGAAGGGUAUCCGGAAAAAUAUGAUUUCUGACCAUUCCUCCGCAUUCACAAUUAAUUCCACAACCAGGACGCCGAAGUGCACGCUCACAUAGCAUCUUGUUUAACAAAAGACUCGCGCGGACACUGUCACUAUCCUCUAUAGCAAGCGUUUUCGCCCGAGUUCGUUAAGAAUUGCCAAACAGGCCACACGGACACUAGUCAUACUUUAAAAACCCUAAAAAAAAUAAAGAAAAUAUAACCCCAGAAGAAGAGUCCACCAAGCAUGUCGUUGGCCUGUCGAUCGAUAAGUGGACGAAUUAUCAUACCGACCAACACGAUUGGUCGACAUAUCAGUCGAUACGCGGUCGACCCAUAGGUAAACCUGAAGACCGACACUCGACCGCCUAAAAUACAGUAAUAAUGUUGGCAGAGACAUCGACGAAGAGUUGGCCGAUAUAUAUAUGUCGUAUAACGUGUCGAACGAUACUCGACCGUGAGGUGCCUUCAGGAAGGGGGCAUUGGGGUAUAUUAGAAACCGCAAAACCGAAGGAAAAAAUCAUCCAAAACCGCAAAACCGCAAAAAAAUUCGGCCAAAACCGAAAACCGCAUACAAAACCGUCAAAAACCGAUACAAUGGUGACAAGUGGGGCAUACAGAGCAAACUAAACUAACACUAAUUUCACCAAAGUAUUUGUGAAUGUCAUGGACUUUGUCUGAAGCCUUCGUAUCUUUUUGUGUCUGCUUAAAUUAUAGGCUUUGUUUCUGCCGCUCUCUCGAGCCCAGACUUUGCGGCUCAAUUUCCGAAAAGCCGCUAGUUUUGGGAGAAUUUGCACACAAGUCCUCUUUAGAAUUGCAAUUUUGCAGUCGCAAAAAGCUGUAGCUCUGGAAACUUCAAACGAAAAUCUCUAAUCGAACAUUUCCAUUUGAUAACUAACACCUGAAAGUUUGGAGACUCGAUUGUCUAACGUGCAACGUGUUUGAUUACCCUGUGAACAGAGUCUCUUAACCUCUCUUCGAUCUUGUACGCUUAGAUAUUACGUAUUCUCAAUGUAUUAGCACUAUUCGGGACAUUAAGUCUUCGUAAACGAGCUUUAUGUAUGGGAUAAACUAUAGUGAUUAAGCUAUUGUAAUGUAAAUACAGUGAAACCUGUAUUAAGCGGACACCCUCGGGGAAUGCUGUAGUGUCCGCCUAAUACAGGUUUCAAUAGAUAACGUCAUAUGAGAUGUCAAAUGCUAUUCAAAUGAACAGUGGAAAUGUUAAGAAUACUCCCAGAGACUUUGACGAUAUACGUUUGCAUUAAUUUCUUUAUUAUAAUAAUAAUAAUAAUAAUAAUAAUAAUAAUAAUAAUAAUAAUAAUAAUAAUAAUAAUAUUUAAUACUUAUAUUGCGCUUUUUCGAUAAAAAUACUCAAAAGCGCAUUACAAUAUUAUUAAUAACUAAAUUAAACACCAGUAAAAUUACCCGGUAAAAUUACAAUAUUUAAAAAUAAAUAAAUAAAUAAAUAAUCUAACUAAAAGCCUUCUUAAAUAGAUAUGUUUUAACAGAGCGUUUAAAAGAGUCGAUUGAUGUUUCCUGUCUUAUUGGCAGAGGAAGACUGUUCCAUAAAAAGGGGGCAGCCAUCGAUAACGCGCGAUCUCCCAAAGUCUUCUUCGUUCUUAGCCGAGGCCUUUCUAACAAUAUACCAUUAUUGUUACGGCGUAGUUGGUAACGUGAGUCCGAUAAGACAGAGACAAGAUCCUUAAGAUAGCUAGGCGCAACACCGUGAAGAAUCUUAAAUGUAACAAGGAGAAUCUUAAAAUCUACGCGCAAGCGCACUGGUAGCCAGUGGAGUUCUCUUAGCAAAGGAGUAACGUGACAAUACUAAGGUGCGCAGUAAACCAAUCGAGCACUGGCAUUCAUGACUCUUUGAAGUUUCUUAAUUUGAAACUCAGGAGCACCGUACAAUAAACCAUUACAGUAGUCAAGCCUGCUUGUGAUGAACGCGUGAACAAGCCUCUCGGUGGACUCGCGAGACAAAUACUUCCUAAUGUGCCGGAUAUUGUACAAAUAAUAAAACGCGCUAGCACAAGUCUUAGACACAUAAGUCGACAUGUCCAGAUGAGAAUCGAACCAGGUGCCCAAAUUGCGCACUGAAGAGGCAGGCGAUACCUCAGCUUGGCCGAUCUUGAUCUUGUCAACGGACACCUUUGAUAACUGUCGUUCCGUGCCAAUGAUCAAGAACUCAGUUUUAUCGUCAUUUAGCAUUAACUUAUCAUCUCUCAUCCAUGCGCGAACGUCACGAAUACAGUUCUCAAUCGCAAUCACAGCAUCAGCCUCGCUGGUCUUAUCAACGGGAUUAAACGAUAUAUAUAGCUGCGUAUCGUCCGCAUAGGUGUGAACGGAUGGCAGAUGAGAUUUCAAGAUGUCAAACAGCGAACUCGCGUAGAUUUUAUCAAAGUGGACCGAUUGGUCAUAGUACCAUAAACAUAGAUUGCAACUCAAAUUUGAAGAAAUCAGAUGAGUGAAACAAGCUCUAUACAAACAAAACGAAAUAGAAAAAAAAAAUACUGUACUAUGGAACUAAUCAAAUAAGUUCGUCAAGUAACGUUUUUUAAUGUAAAAAUCGAAAAAGUUGUGGGUGGCAAUUCGAGGUAAUCUUUCGCAUUUGCGGUGUCUGGCAUGUUGGGUAGUGGAAUUUGAUUACAAGUGUCCGUUUAAUACAGGUUGGUAACAAUAGAAAUGACUAUUUCACGUAAUUUUUAGGUGUCCGCGUCCGCUUAAUAGAAAUGUCCGCUUAAUAAAGGUUUCAUUUAAAGUAAAUAAGGGAAAUAAAUUUUGGGACUUCGUCUACUGUCCGCUUAAUAGAGGGUGUCCGCUUAACACGGUGUCCGCUUAAUACAGGUUUCACUGUAUAAUGACAUUAAUGAUUGUCGAUUGACUUACCAAACACUAUUCUUAAGCUUCUGCAGGCUUCUCUCUUCCCUUUUCACUUUACAUCUAAACUUGUUUUUCUUUUGAAAAUUCUCGCCGCCUUUCCCCUCCUCGUAAAAAAACGCAACACAAUCCACAAUUGUUUCUUCCGUUGCUGGCGCGGGAGGUAAGUUGGAAGCCAUAGCUCGCAAACUGACCAAAUGGUCGCCCUGGUCUGCGAGUUCAAAGUCUCGCCGGGCGUCAAUGGAGACGUUUGAUCCCCUACCAUGACAUUUAUUUUGUCACGCAUUCCUCUAAAUAACUUUGGCGUUUCGCGGCUAUUCGACCCCCGAAGUGCUGCUCAAAUCGAACAGAAACCGGAACCCAAAAUAGGACAAAAUGGGAAAAACCAAAAACCACAUCGGGUACCAAAACCGAAAAACCGCUAGUAUUUUUCACGAAAACCGAAAACCAGAUGCUAAAAAACGAAAAAUCCGCAAACCGCAAUGACCACCAAAACCGAAGUCUUUUGCAACAAAAACCGAAAAACCGAUUUAAAAAAUAGCCAAAACCGCAAAACCGAAAAUCCCAAUGCCCCCCUCCUUCAGUGCACAAGAUCCUUCAAUUCUUGUUCUUGGCGAAGGAUCUCAGAGCAAUCCUGCAUGUCCUGUCAUCCUGUUUACCGAUCUUUUGCGCAAUUUCCGCAUAUGA